UUCACCAUUUUUAGGGCCUUCCUUUGAACGCCUGGUGUAGAGGUCUUGUAAGACAAGUAGUUGUGAAUUGGAGGAACUUGGCCGUUUCGCCGUUGAGGGCAAUACAGUCGACUUACCGAGCGGUGAUGCAGCCUGUCAAAAUGCUUUCAAGAACCACUCCAUUCACACGAUCAAUCAUCUGAAAUCUCCUUCCAGCUGAAAAGUCCCACCUUGCAAACCAUCAUUUUUUUUUAAAGACAAAAUAAGAGUGACAAACGAUCCCAUCCUAUUGAAACAAACAGAGUGGUCCACCAACCCAAUAAGCCGCCGCACUCUUGAACCUCAUUCUAAUUUUGACGGUUAUUGGCGGAGCGUUUUGAGGAUCAGAGGACUCAUGACAAAUCAUUUUAGUCUCCUGCGUGGGACCAGGCACUGGCAUGGACAGCUGUCUUGGUCUCUGUGGACCCUGUUUAUUUACUGCUGAUGUGGACAUAGAGGAACUAUCUACCUGCUCCACUUCAGCCUUGAGAUGCGGAUGGGGGCGUUCUCUCCCCCCUUCAUGUAAACAUUUAGAAUGAUUCAUGAGGUCAUGCCUGAUGGAGGUAUGAUCCCUCUUGUGAAGAGACCAUGUCCAAUGUCUAAUCUAGCAAUCCCAUAGUUUUUCUCUAGUUGGUGAAUAUACACAUACUGGUGUUAAACUAUGACAUUUUAUCAGAAUUCGAAACAAGAUUAUGUCACUUUACGCUCAUCUUCAAUUCCUGAACUGCAUAGGUCUGUUGUUCAAAAGCCAUCACAUGUGCUGAAGUGUUAUCCUCCAGAAUCCUUAAUCCAGGAUCGUCAUCAGAUUAAGAUUAUGCCGACGGACCCCGUCUAUGAAGAGGAUGCAAAGAGAUGGAGUGCCCAUCACUGAACCAGGGCGGAGCCAGAGUUUGGCCAGAUUACCCCUCUCGGUUCAUUUUAGAUAGCCUACUCCCCGCCCUCUGUGCAUCUCUUCCUCUUUCUGCCUCCAUCAGUCUUCCUCCCAGGUAAUUCAGUUCUCCAGACAAUGUGCGACUGGAACCUGCUGCUGUGGUCCGUGUAGUUGGCUCAGUCUACCGGGCAUACUCCCAUCAAAUAUACCUCACCCUCCGAGAAAGAAUCCGCAUGCGGAGCCGUCAUCGCGCGCACCGUGGUGAAUUUGAUUUUCUGUCGCAGAAAAGAGUGGUCUCUACGCUUGCCAGCAUUUCGGAAUAUGGGGAUCCUUGUGAAAUAUAAAUGAGUCCUCUUUUUUGUUUUUCCUUGUUUUUAUGUCAUAAAUGUCUAUGAUGGGCGCAGUCUUUGAAUCCGCAUGACAUUUUAAGUUUUACCUUUUGUUUUUUUUUCGUUCAAGCUUAGCAAAAUGCGUCGUGUCUGAGGCAGAAUCUAACGUUUCCACAAAAUCAUCACAGGACCGGCGUUUAAGAAACGCAACCACGAGUUUUCCUGAUAUUUAUCAAACAUUGCAUUUGGCUUUUAAAUUCCCCAGUUUCGGAUUGAUCGGAUGCGUCGGCGUUGGAUGCGGCUGUCGUGAACCCCAUAGCUUUCAGCAUGAUUUGAUAUAAGGGGAUUUUCAACAGGGUAUCUGGACAUAUCUUACCUUUUUAACGAGAAAAGCUAAAUUCAAGUCGAGAGGAAAACGCCAUCAAGAAAUAGACCGUACCUACAUGGACUAAUUCUUGUUUCCUCGGGAUUUAAAACUACCAGGUCAAACGCAUAUUGAUUUCUGCGCUUUUCUGGGAAAAUAGCCUUAAACAGCGGGAGACAUGAAAGUUGUUUCAGCAGUGCUGUUUCUUGCCAUAUUUUGGAGUCAGGAGUGGGAGCCCGUGCUUUCUGAUUCAAUCAUACACAUCGGGGCUAUCUUUGAUGAGUCUGCCCGGAAGGAUGACGAGGUGUUCCGCAUGGCCGUUGCGGACCUCAACCUCAACAAUGAGAUCUUGGAGACGGAGAAGAUCACCAUCUCUGUGGAGUUUGUGGAUGGGAACAACCCUUUUCAGGCGGUCCAGGAAGCGUGUGAGCUGAUGAACAGAGGCAUCCUGGCUCUGGUUAGCUCCAUAGGCUGUAUGUCCGCGGGCUCCCUGCAGUCCUUGGCCGACGCCAUGCACAUCCCGCACCUCUUCAUCCAGCGAGCCCCGGCCGGCACCCCGCGCUCCAGCUGUACCCUCGCCAGCCGCAGUCGCCAAGACGACUACACCCUCUUCGUGCGUCCUCCAGUCUACCUCAAUGACGUCAUCCUGCAGGUGGUUGGCGAGUACAGCUGGCAGAAAUUCAUCAUCUUCUACGACCAGGACUACGAUAUCCGUGGGAUCCAGGACUUCCUGGACAAGACGUCUCAGCAGGGCAUGGACGUGUCGUUGCAGAAGGUGGAGUCCAACAUCAACAUGAUGAUCACCAGCAUGUUCCGAACCAUGAGGGUGGAGGAGCUCCACCGCUACCGGGACACGCUGCGCCGGGCCGUGCUCUUCAUGAGUCCCGCCACCGCCAAGGCCUUCAUCACCGAGGUUGUGGAGACGAACCUUGUGGCGUUUGACUGUCACUGGAUCAUCAUCAAUGAGGAGAUCUCAGAUCAGGACGUCCAAGACCUGGUGAUAAAGUCUAUUGGGCGUCUGACCCUCAUCAGGCAAACCUUCCCCCUCCCACAGAACACCAGCCAGCGUUGUGUCAAGCACAACCAUCGGAUCAACACCUCCCUCUGCGACCCCAAGGACCCCAAGGCUCAGACCCUCGAGAUUACCAACCGCUACAUCUACGACACAGUGCUGCUAUUGGCCAACACGUUCCACAGGAAGCUGGAGGACAGGAAGUGGCACAGCAUGGCCAGCCUCACCUGCAUCCGCAAGAACUCCAAACCCUGGCAAGGAGGACGCCCCAUGCUGGAUAACGUCAAAAAGUCCGGGGUGAGUGGUCUGACUGGCUUCCUGGAGUUUACGGACAACGGAACCAAUCCCAACAUAUAUUUUGAGAUCCUUGGGACCAACUAUGGUGAAGACAGAGGCAGAGGUGUCAGCAGGCUGGCCACGUGGGACCCAGUGCACGGCCUCAACGGAACACUUACAGACAGGAAGCUGGAGAACAACAUGAGGGGCGUGGUUCUACGUGUCGUCACAAUCCUGGAAGAGCCCUUUGUGAUGGUGUCAGAGAAUGUCCUCGGGAAACCUAAGAAGUACCAGGGAUACUCCAUCGACGUGCUGGAUGCUCUCUCCAACUACCUGGGCUUCAAGUAUGAGAUCUACAUCGCGCCUGACCACAAGUAUGGCAGCCAGCAGGCCGACGGGUUCUGGAACGGGCUGAUCGGGGAGCUGGUGGCUAAGCGUGCGGACGUGGGACUCUCCGCCCUCACCAUAACCCCGGAGAGGGAGAGCGUGGUGGACUUCACGACACGCUACAUGGACUACUCCGUGGGCGUGCUGCUGAGGAAGGCAGAGCGCACCGUGGACAUGUUCGCCUGCCUGGCGCCCUUUGACCUGUCGCUGUGGGCUUGCAUCGCGGGCACCGUGUUGCUGGUGGGCAUCCUGGUGUACCUGCUGAACUGGCUGAACCCGCCUCGCCUGCCCAUGGGCUCGGUGUCCUCCACAACCCUGUACAACUCCAUGUGGUUUGUCUACGGAUCCUUUGUCCAGCAGGGCGGCGAAGUUCCGUACACCACCCUAGCCACGAGGAUGAUGAUGGGCGUGUGGUGGCUCUUUGCCCUGAUCGUCAUCUCCUCCUACACCGCUAACCUGGCGGCCUUCCUGACCAUCACCCGCAUCGAGAACUCCAUCCAGUCUCUCCAGGACCUGUCCAAGCAGACGGAGCUGCCCUAUGGGACCGUGCUGGACUCGGCAGUGUAUGAGCAAGUGCGCAGUAAGGCCAUGAACCCCUUCGAGAGGGACCCCAUGUACUCCCAGAUGUGGCGCAUGAUCAACCGGACCGGAGGGCCCGACAACAAUGUUGAGGAGUCCAAGGAGGGCAUCCGCAAGGUGAAGUCUGGCCGUUUUGCGUUUGUGUGGGAUGCAGCAGUGCUGGAGUAUGUGGCGAUCAAUGAUGAGGACUGCUCCUUUUACACCGUGGGGAACAAUGCACCAGACCGGGGCUAUGGCAUCGCCAUGCAGCAUGGAAGUCCGUACAGGGACAUCUUCUCCCAGAGGAUCCUGGAGCUGCAGCAGAACGGAGACAUGGAUAUCCUGAAGCUGAAGUGGUGGCCCAGAGACAGCCCCUGCGACCUGUACUCUGCUGUCCACACAAAACACCGCGGCGGAGCCCUGGACAUCCACAGCUUUGCCGGCGUGUUUUGCGUGCUGGCGGCUGGCGUGCUGCUCUCCUGUCUCAUUGCCAUGGUGGAGACGUGGUGGACCAGGAGGAAGGGCUCGCGGGUUCCCUCCAAGGAGGUCUGUCGGGGGAGAUGUUUCUAACCCAUCAGUCAAGUUGGUCUCUUCCUGGCUGUUGGGUCCUAGCUGCCCGUGGACAACUGGCAGGACAGGCUACUAAACAAACUGGACUUCAUGGACUGAAAACCCAGACACGCUACAGGAUUCCUUCCUCUGUGCCACUGGAACUACCAACGCUGUGGGAAUCUUAACUGACAUCUGUUGCUGAGACACAUGAAGCAUUCUCAUGGCACUCGUAUUACCAUAUAGGGCAGUACUUUACACCAGGGCAUAUUUGGGACUCAGAGUAUGGGGUCAUUUGUGGAGUAUGUGUCUAUUGGGACUCAGUGUAGGAGUACGGGUCAUUUGGAUUGUAGCAUCCUUUUGGCAAUCAUGGACGCCGUGUCCUCUGGACUAAAGAGGAGAGGGACCAUCUGGCUUGUUAUCAGCACACAGUUCAAAAGCCAGCAUCCGUGAUGGUAUGGGGGUGUAUUAGUGCACAUAGCAUGUGUGACUUGCACGUCUGUGGAGGCACCAUUAAUGCUGAAUUAUAUAUACAGGUUUUGGAGCAACAUAUGCUGCCAUCCAGGCCACAUAUUUU